UUUGUUUUUUUGCUGCUCUUAGCUUAGCACGUGUAUUUUAUUCUCUGUUUAUAGUCGUUAACAAUUGUUUUUUCGGGAAAUUUCAUAAAUUUUUUAAAAAUUAGUAAAAAUCUAAGGCAGACAAUAUGAAGUGGACCACAGCGAAUGUUAAAAAUCCGAACUAUAUAGAAAAUCAUGAAAUUUAUGUGGGCACUCAAACAGGUUCCUUUAAAAAGCUAACACCAGCCUACCAGGAGAAUCCUUUCCAACAGAGAAAUCUACAAAAUUUAUCCGAAUUAACUAAAGAAUCCCGCAUAAGCGCAUUGGCCUUUGCCAAUGAAAAUAAAUCGGAAAUUUUAAUAGGACGUCAUCAAAAGACCGUACAAGUCCAUUCGGUACGCACAGAUCAACAACAAUAUUGUGUGGAUUUUGAACAUGCUCCCGUAGUGGGUUUGGCACGUUUUGAUAAUAGUAUAGUGGCUGGUUUUAGCAAUGGCCAGUUACAAUGUUUGCCCGUUAAUGAGGAAGGAGUAGAUUCGUCUUUACAUGGUUUUUCUUUAGACAAAGUGGGUGAUGAUAUGGCUCAUUUGAGACAGUGUUCGGUAGAACGUAAUUUAGUGGCCAUAGGUGGUAAGGGUAGACAAAAUAACUUAAAAGUCUUGGAUAUGGCGGCCGAAGGUAAACAAGUGUUUUCUUCGAAAAAUUUACCUAAUGACUAUUUGCAACUGGAGGUGCCGGUGUGGGAUAGUGAUGUGGGUUUCAUAGACUCGCCUCAUGUCUUGGCCACCUGUUCACGUUAUGGUUAUGUGCGUGUUUAUGAUACACGCAAGCAGAGACGACCGGUUCAGUUGUAUGCCACAGAAGAUCAAAUGAGUUUUACUGCCCUAACAGCCAGAGGAAAUUAUAUUUAUACCGGCACCACUAUGGGAGCCAUGAAGGCCUUUGAUAUACGCCGCAUGAAGAAUUUCGUUCAUACUUACAAAGGUUUUACGGGCGGUCUUAGUGAUGUUUAUUUGGAUGUUUCGGGCAAACAUCUGGUUACCGCCUGUUUGGAUCGUUAUGUUCGUGUACAUCAUGCCGAUACUUGUGUGCUACUGUAUCAAUGUUAUGUUAAGUCUAAAGCUUCUCGUGUACUCUUACGUGAAUCUUUGGAAGAUCCUAAUUCAAAUGAAAAUGAUAAAGAAGCUGAAGAUGAUGAGGAUGUAGAUCAGACUAAAUCCAAACAAAAGAAAAAGAAAAACUCUAAAGCAGAAGAAUCGGAGGAUGAAGAAUAUGAGGAUAUGUUUGAGAAUAUGCAAACGAUAUGUGACACUGAAAAGGAUGAUGAGGAGGAGGAAGAACAGGAAAGCAAAGAAGAAUUGGAAGCGAAAGAGGAGAAAGAAAGUAAAACUGAAGAUGCUAGUGAUGACUCCAAAAAAGCUUUAAAACGAAAAUCUUCUUUGAAAAUUGUCAAGAAUAAAAAGAAAAAGAAUUGAGGUUCUUUAAAUAAUUUAGUUAA